AUGUCCCAAGAUGUCAGCACUUUUAGAAAUGCUCCAGAAAUAAGGCAUAUCAAGGUCAUACCUAUCAAAGGAUGUAUUCCGGACUGGUUUAAUGGAAUUAUGUACCGUGUUGGUCCUGGAAAAUAUAAUUUAGAAAAAGAAGAUGGAAGUACAUUUUCGAUCAAACAUGCAUUUGAUGGUAUGCCAUACUUGCAUCGUUUUGAGAUCUCAAGUACCAGUCAGACUGUCAGAUAUAAUUCUCGAAACUUGGCUGAAUCUUAUGAAGUCUCUGUCGUGCGGGAUAACGGAAUGGGAAAAAUCUUCUAUGGACAUGUACCAGUUAUGAAUUCGAUAUGGCAAAGGAUAUACAAUAUUGCUCUCCGUAUCUCCACAGCCCUAUACAAUUCGCUCUUUAUUGAUAGCCUUCCAGCUUCCAGUCAAGCCAUAGGAGUAACAGUUUCUCCAAAUUUUCCUAUACCAGCGGCUUGUGUCGAAGAAGAUAGAAACAAUGGUCGAGAUGGUCGCGUACUUGUUACCAAAACAGAUGCUAAUAUGCUUCAACAAAUUCAUCCUGACACAUUGGAACCUGAACGACUAUUUAACUACACUAGCAUUGAUAAUAGGAUCAAAGGUGAUGCUUCUGCGGCCCAUCAUCAAUACGAUCCAGUAACAAAAGAAACUAUAAAUUUUGUUAUGAAUAUUUUCCCUACUCGAUUCCAGAUAUUCUCGUCCACUCCGGAAGGGAAGAUUACCAUUUUGGCUACUAUUACGCACCGGCUGGACGGAACAGGACAGAGUAUUCGGCCGUCUUAUAUUCAUUCUUUUGGCAUGACCAAAGACUACAUCAUUCUCCCUGAACAGCCUCUUGCUUACAGUAAUAUUGGAUUGGAUCUCAUGAAAAGUGGUACCGUGAUUACUGGCAUGAAGUGGGACGAUACUAUAGACACAUACAUACACAUUGUCAGUCGCCACGGGAAAGGACACAUUACCACUAUAGCUGUUGACCCAUUCUUGUGCUUUCAUUUCGGAAACUCCUGGCAAAGUGUGAAUAAGAACGGGUUUCCCGUGAUUAAUGCUGAUCUUUGCACCUAUCUUGACGCUGAUAUUAUGUUCCAAGUCAAUACGCUCGGUGACCCUGUCCGUCAAUCGAAUUACAUGGACCAUUUAAAGGAGCAGGCCAGACGUAAAUCCCAGGCUACCAAGGUCAAUGGUAUUACUGUACCUCCUAUUAAACUUGAGAGUUUGUGUGAUCUUCGCCGAUAUACUAUUACUCUUGGAAAAAACGAGACAUCUGUAGCGUAUCGAUGUAUUACCGAAAAUUUCGAUUUUCCUAGGUUCAGUCAAGACUUUAUGAUGCGUGAAAGCAAAUAUUUAUAUGGUUGCCGCUUUCAUCCUCCUACUCAAAGCGAUGGUGAACACACAAGGCUUAUCAAAGUAGAUACUGAAACUGGCACUACAAUUCAGUAUGGCGGUCCUGGAUACUGUUGCUCUGAACCUAUUUUUGCCCCACGUCCGGGAAGUGACGAUGAAGAUGAAGGUGUUUUGAUGAGCUUGGUAAAUCACUUUGAUAAUGAAGAUCCGGAUAUGGAUUCUUGUCGCUGGGUUCUUUUAGAUGCAAAGACUAUGAAAGAAGUAGCCAGCUGUGAGAUUGGACAGUUUGCAAUCACAACAUUUCACGGUUCCUUUGUUGACGAUUAUUUUGAAAGCGUGUCUAUCAACUAA